AUGAAUAAAGAAAGAAUUGAGUAUGGCUACGCCUUUUGGUGUGAGCAACAUCAACACGAAAGACAAAGUGCAAAAGAAAAAUCUUGUAAAAAUACAACUCGAUUUGAUGAAUACAAUUCAUUUGGAACUUUCUAUUUGAGCUUUUAUAUACUUACCUUUUACUUUCAACCUUUAGAUAUGUUUAUUUUUUUCAUAAAGCCUGUAUUGGUGGUUAAUAAUAGUGUGUAUAUUAACGUCAUGAAGUUGGAUAAACUUGAAUGCAGUAGAUUGGCAGUUGGGAAUCCGUGUGUCAUUUUCAAUAUCGAUUGGCUAUCUAUGCAUUUUAACAUGCAUAUUUUCGAAGAUGGUUGGGACCAGCUAGUGACGGUGUUUCGGAUGAUUCCUGAUACCCCGCAAUCUGAGCACCAUGUUGACUUUCGAUGCUAG